AUGCGCUUACUAGUAAAAGUGGUCCACAAAGCGGAGUUUGUUUAUGCGCUCAUGUUUUUAUUUCUCGCAGAAUGUGCAAUAUCACAUAAAUCAAAAAAUACAGUGAUUCUUCUGGCGGAUGAUGGUGGAUUUGAGUUGGGAGCUUAUGGAAACAAAAUAUGUCAAACUCCGAACAUCGACGCGCUUGCUCGCCGCGGCGUCAUUUUUAAUAAUGUCUUCACAUCGGUGAGCAGCUGCUCGCCUAGCCGUGCCGCAUUACUGACUGGACAACCGAGUCACCAAAAUGGCAUGUACGGGUUGCACCAUGGCAUUCACCAUUUCAACUCGUUCAACAAUGUCACCAGUUUGCCUAACUUGUUGAGAAGUCACGGAGUAUAUACUGGGAUAAUUGGCAAGAAGCAUGUAGGACCUAAUGCUGUGUACCAAUUUGAUUUUGAGCAGACGGAAGAAAAUAACCACAUCAAUCAAGUGGGAAGAAAUAUCACUCAUAUAAAAUUGUUGGUAAGAGAGUUCUUGCAGCUGGUGAAUAAAAAUAAGAUGCCUUUUUUGUUAUAUGUGGGUUUCCAUGAUCCUCAUCGGUGUGGCCAUAGUGAGCCCCAGUAUGGUGCAUUCUGUGAAAGAUUUGGUUCAGGUGAGCCAGGAAUGGGAUCCAUUCCUGAUUGGGAGCCCUGGUACUACCAGUGGGAUGAGGUGCAGCUGCCAUUUCAUAUUCAGGAUACUGAAGCUGCCAGAAGGGACAUUGCAGCACAGUAUACUACAAUGUCAAGGCUUGAUCAAGGCGUUGCAUUGAUACUGAGGGAAUUAGACACAUCGGGACAUACUAAUGAUACUUUGGUAAUCUACACAUCAGAUAAUGGGAUUCCCUUUCCUUCUGGUCGCACAAAUUUUUAUGAUCCUGGACUUAGAGAACCUUUAAUUAUCUCGUCUCCAGAAAUGAGUGCUAGGAAGAAUGAAGCUUCUUAUACAAUGGUCAGUUUAUUAGACGUAUUUCCAACCGUACUCGAUUGGUUUGGAAUACUUGAAGAAAUGGAUGUCAGUAAUGACAUCGAUGGUCGCGGCGAUCUCCCUAAGAGUCUUUUGCCAAUCUUAAUAAGGGAACCGCCGCUUUCUAACGACGAAGCGGUGUUCGCGUCCCAGACGCAUCACGAGAUCACAAUGUAUUACCCCAUGAGGGCGGUGCGAACGAGUAGCCAUAAAUUAAUCCAUAACCUCAACUUCGCGAUGCCAUUUCCGAUCGACCAGGACCUCUACAUGUCCCCGACGUUCCAGGAUAUAUUGAACCGCACACGCAGCAAGCAGCCGCUGCCGUGGUACAAAACGUUGAAACGGCACUAUUACCGGCCCCAGUGGGAACUCUACGACUUGCUUGCUGACCCUGAAGAGCUAAACAAUCUGCACGGCAAGAGCGGCUCGGCUGAGACGGAGUCAAGAUUGCGAGUACGCCUGCUCGCUUGGCAGCGGGACACACGGGACCCUUGGUUAUGCUCUCCAGACGCCGUUCUCGAAGGAGACGAGGUGUGCCGCAGCCUCGAUAACGGUCUUAUGCACUUUCAUAUGCGGUAG